AUGCUACAAAAAUCACUUUUGGAACUAGUUUACACAUAUGUUGUCGUUGCAGGUAGAGGCACGGGCGACCCACAAACACUCGAUGACUUCAACCCUUUCGCUUCAUUCGGUGGAUGUUUCUACUCGCAAUUCCAAUGCCGUUUUGUCGAUAUAAUGUUUAGUUCUCAUAAAUAUGCUUCCUGGUAUGGUUUAUUUAAACAUGUCGGUGAAUGUUUCUUCUGA